AUGAUUCCCAUGAUCAUGUGGUUUACAAUAUGCUCCAUAAACCCGGCGUUUACAACGUCGCGAUGCGUCCUCCCCAUGAUCACGUGCAUGAGGCACAACGUUACUACUUCGUGCAAGCUUUCGUUUUUCCACAAUGCGUCUAACCCGGUCCAUUGGAAGGCUCGCCAAUCAAUGUUGCCUUUUGGCAUUGAAGAAAUCAUCUUCCGUCGCACGACAGCAUCUGAAGAUCCCGAAACUCUCAAUGUGGAUCCCGACUUGCAUCCUGUUCUACAUGACCUUGACCUCAGCUCCGAUGAUGAUACCGAGUUGGAAUCCAUGGAAGGGGAGCCAUUGGACAAUUGUUUGAAGGGGUUAAAUUUAAAUACAAAGUCAUUCCAAAGAAGCAUCAACCUGCAGAUGGUUAAGGACACCAACGCAGCAUGCGACAAAAAGCCCGAGACUCCGCCAGGCGUCAUCGAAAAAGAAAGGCAAGGGCGGAGGCCGAUGGCAUUCAAACUGUUCAGGUGGAAGAGGACGGUUUUGACGCAGCCUCCCUCCCGGCAUCUAGCACUGGAUGGCAGGGUCAGCGAUUUUGUUCUUGGGUUGGAUCAGUUACCAAAACUAAAUUCUAUAAUCGAACUUUGGGUCCAGUCCUCCGAAAUUUCUACCGCUUACUAUUUGAUCCAAUUUGCCAGCAACCCACGCGGAUUCUCGAUUCGUCUGGCCGUCUGA